UCCAUCCAUGGAUAUUUUGUGCGGGGUGAGAAAUGAUAAUAGACUGAAACCGGUAUAAAAGAUGAAAGAAAUAGUCCCAAACAUCCUUUCGUGAACAAUCGGAUCUUCUCUUCUUUUCGCCGUCCUCAUUUCCGUUUGGGAGCAAUCCGGUUGCUUAAACGACGUAUAUUGAUUUUAGAUUUUAAAGCUCAAGGACAGGAGAGAUGAGCCGUAGGAGAGGUGUGAGAUGGGAUGAGGCCAACCUUGAGGAAAUUGAAGCACAUAAACCUGUAAGGCAGAAAAUUACAGAACCAAAGACUCCAUAUCAUCCAAUGGUUGACUCUGAUGGAUCGUUAUCUCCUGUUCGGAGUUGUAGUCAAGAAGGAGAGAAGAAUGCUGUGGAUGCUGAAGCAAUCCGUUCCAAACUGAGCGAGGUGGCAUCUUCAAGUAGCAACAGUAACUCAAACUGCUCUGGCUGGACAACUUCAGAUGACGAUGAAGCAGAUGCUAUGGAUCAAGAUGAAGAUGGGAAGAGCUCAAGCUUCAUGGAGCAUAGACGCGCACACUAUGAUGAAUACCGCAAAGUAAAAGAGCUCCAAAAGAAGGGAUCAUUGAUUGAAGAAUCAUCCAAUGAUGCUGAGGAAACAAUUGAGAAGCAAAGUUCAUCAUCAUCCAUCGUUGCCGGUGUGGGGGACAUUGAUAUCACCGAUUCCGGUUUUCGUAAAGAGUAAAAGCGCUACAAUAUGUCCCUUUUCGUUAGAGGAAAGUAAAACGCUGAAUGGAUAGGAUAUUAUGUGACUAAUUAUAGUACAUGCUUGUUGUGGAUCGGCAAAUAAAAGACCAGUGUUGCAGGUAAAGAGCUAGUCAACAGUACAAACGAGUCACUUAAGGCAUUCGUAUAUUGACGUGUUAGUGUGCUGACAUGUUAGCCCACUGGGUGUAUUCUUAACAUUUGGAGUGUUAACACUGACAUGACAUGUUAACUGGCAUUACACACCACUCUCUUUUUGUGUUAAGGGGCGUUAAAGGGAUUAUGCGUUAGCA